AUGAAGUGCCUAAAUACUUGCUUACUUCGAACUACCUCGUCAUCGCCACACGUACAAAAAAGGAUGUUGAUUGCACCUAGAGCUUUAGUAAAGAAAACUAAAAAGAAUAGACUAAAAGUAAACGGUGUUAAGUUGAAAGAACUGGAUCCAAAUUCAGUAAUGCCUAUUAGAGAUUCAAGACUUCUCGAACUCAAAGUUAAGCAGUUACAGGAAUUCACAAGAAGCCUGAGAGAGCAAUUCAAGUCCUUUGAUCAACCAUUAUCUAUUCAAAAUACUGAGCCUAGGAGUGUUACUGGUAAGGAACUACAAGAACUUGAAAGAGAAGCGGCGACUGUCUUUGAAAGUUUAACAGAUUCUUCGUCCAAGAGCGAUACAAUGUUAUUACAAUCAUCUAGAUACAAAAAUGCAAGUCUUUCGGAUCUGAUCAAUUCUUAUUCUGAUUCUAAAAUUAAUUCCCUGUUACCAGAAGUGGUACGACAGACCAUUGGCGACGAUACCCUGAUUCUUAAAUCGCUUAUGAACCAAACAAAAAAAGAUUGGAACCCUAUUAUCGAUACCUUAUGGAGGUCAACCGACAGACUCAAAGGUAUUAGUCAAAGGACUUUAAAGAAAUUUUUCUCAUCAAAAAUUAGGAACCUCACAUUUGAAAAUAUUGAACACCUCGACGAAAUGCUCUUAGAAGCUGUAGAAAAUGAUGAAUCUAGGUUUCGUCUUUAUAUGUAUGAGCUUUUAUUUGAAAAUUUAGCAAUAUUGAGUCCACAAAAUAUCAUAAAUUCAAAGAAUGAUCCAAUAAUUGAAAAAAUGAAGGAGCUACUGAACAGAUUUAAUAAGUCUCGACAUUCCUUCGGGCUCAGCAAUUUUAUAUUAAACUCAUGCAUUACAUAUACAGCAAAACUCAAGGAUGCCUCUAUAAUGAACUAUUUUUUUGAAGAAAUACAGAAAAAACAUUCGAUUCAACUGAGCAAAGAAAGUUAUACGACGGUGAUCCAGUUUUACGAACGUUUGAACCUGAAUAAACAAGCUUGGGAUGUCUUUGAUACGAUGAAAUUCUUGUCUUCUGCCCAAGCUCCGGAUGCGUUUACGUAUAAUAUCAUGUUAAAACUCUGUUCCAAAGAAAACAAUUACUCAAGGGCUUGUGAUCUCUUCCAAGAAAUGAAUGAGAGAGGUGUCACUCCAAAUAGAAGGACUUUUGCUAUGCUAGGCAAACUUCUGGCCAAAUGUAGCUCCGACAAUGUUAUUGCGGAGGGGCAUGCUACUUCAUUACGUAUGCUUGGUUGGAAGUUUAUUUCCCAGCUGAAAGAAAAGGAAGAUUACACAGGUGUUGAAGCGAUGAUGUCAUUAGCAUCAUAUGAUGGAGAUAUUGCCUUAUGCCGCGCGUUAUAUUUCAAAUUUGUUAAUAGAACCUACAAUGAACUUCGAUCAAGAGAAAAAAUUGACCAUAAGACUGCAAUUAAACAAAGUUUGAAUCCCGUACUCUUUAACUACUUAUUACUGUCUUACUCUAAAUACCAGUCUGAAAAGCUACCACUACUACUAAGUUGGGAUGAAGGAGGACAACUCAGAAGAGACCUUUUAAACAGUGUGGAUUAUACGCAUGGAUUAAACGAUGAUGGUACUAUGAUAUUACCAUUUUUGCCAGUGUUAGAACUCAACAACAAAGAACAUAUUAUUUUAGAGUCUAACGCUCUAUGGAACUUUCAUAUUGCUAACGGUCUUUUCGAGGAACAUGUUAGUGUGCUUCAGCAAGAUCUUGAUUCGAACAAAUUGCUAAAUAUUGUAAAAUGUGCUGCAUCAUACGAUGACUUCAAGUUUGAAAUCUUGCGAUUGGUGAAUGACUGGAAGAGACAGUUUAUUGAUCAUAAGUUUCUGAAUGCCAUAGCACUGACAACUUAUCUAUCCAUCCCACUUCGUCACAGAGUAGAAGAUGACUUCUGGUCAAAAUUGAAAAGAUUUUCCUUCCAGACACAUGAUUUAGAUGAUAAAUUAAGUCAAACAUAUAAAAUAUUCUCUGAGAAAUUGAAGCUCAGGAAAGCUUCAGGGGAAAUGAAGAAAAACGACUUAGAUUGCAGGUCAAAAACAAAUAAUUCCAAGAUAAACGAUUGUCUGUAUUAUGUAUACGCCCUAAGACAUAAGGUCUUGAGAGAUUGCGCAAUAUAUGAACUAGCUCUCAAAGGUGCGACUGCAUUUGGAAACGUUGAUAGAGCUACAGAAAUUUGGCAAGAUAGAGGUAAAUUCAGACAUAGCAAUACUUUUAGCAAAUUACCUAUGACACAUAGAAUUCAGAGCGACGUUGACUUUGCAAAAUUAUUAAUAGAUUUUUUUAUUACUCAGGGAAAGUUCUUAGACGCAUUGAAAAUUGUGAUGUCGUCAAAAAGGUACAUAGAAUGGAAGUUUCCUAUGAUCCGUAGAUUGUAUCAAGGCCUCCUAGAGCGUGAAGAUCACGAAAAUGUAAAAAAGCUGAUGGAUAUUGUAAAUAGGAAAACAUCAGUUCAAAUUUUAGAAAAACAAAUUGAAGAUCUCUCAAUAUAA